ACAAUUUGAGUCCAGUAACUUGGCUCGCAUGGAUUCGCUGGCAGUACAACAGACCGACUUUAGUAAACGUAUGGAUAUCACCGAACAUAUACAACGUUUAACACGACAUGGCGUUGAUCAAUUAUUAGGUGAAUUCGAAGAAUAUAUGAAAAUACUAAAUCACACCCACAUAACCGAUAAUAGAAAACAUUCAAACGACAAUACAGAUAAUGUAGAUUUAAACAUUUUACGUAAGGCCAGACAAACAGACCAAAGAUCCCAACAACAGCAGCCUCAAACCCAAUCUCAAGUGCCACAGGGUGUAUUUUCCAUUAGUGAUUCACAAAAAUUAGAUGCUUUGGCAACAUUACUGACAUCCACUAGAGUUGCAGUUAAUGGUUUACAAGCUCAAUUACAAGCAAAUGUCACCAAAUUGAUGCAAACAACUGGAAAUCUACAAAGACGAUUCAACAACGUCUUCAGAAGACAACAAAAUCAAGGAGGCCUUACACCUUUGGUACCCAAUUUCUAUGCUACAGCCGGUAGUGGACAACAAUUGACUACUAGUUGUGCCCAAGGUGUAGCAGCCACGAAUGGCAUACUCAAACUACAAUUGACACCCAAUUCUGAUCCUUUUUAUGUGGCCUGUGAUGAUGAACUAUUGGGUGGUGGUUGGACUGUUAUAAUGAAUCGUUUCAAUGGUGACAUCAAUUUCCAACGUGGCUGGUUAGAAUAUAAACAUGGUUUUGGUAAUUUGGCGGGAGAAUUUUUCAUUGGUCUUGAAAAAUUGUAUGCUUUAACUGCUUCUAGUGUACAUGAGCUCUUAAUUACCUUGGAAGAUUUUGAUAAUAAUCGUAAAUAUGCUCGCUACAAUUUAUUUGCCAUUGGCAAUGAACAAGAAUCAUAUGAAUUGAAAUUGUUGGGUAAAUAUGAAGGAGAUGCGGGUGAUUCAUUCAGUUAUCAUGCUGGCAGUAAAUUUUCCACCUUCGACAAUGACAAUGAUGGUUGUGUCGAUUGUAAUUGUGCUCAAUCGCACAAAGGAGCCUGGUGGUAUAAUUGGUGUGAUCAAAGCAAUUUAAUGGGUCCUUAUCAUGAUAAAGAUUUUAAUAAAAUUGAACAAUAUCGCGGCAUGUACUGGCAAGAUUGGUUGGGUCCAAACUACUCUUUAAAGUCUGCCAAAAUGAUGAUACGUCCCUUGAAUGUAGAACAAGAUGCUAGACGUUAAUUGCAUUUAAAAAGUAUUUUCCAUAAAGUACUACUUCUUCAGGUUUAACUAUUAUCCUGCUUGACAUGAAUUACUGUGUGUUUGUGUUCAUAGUUUACAAUUAUAAUUGUAUCUACUUUUUUCGUCUAUUCGUAUUCUAUUUGUUAAAUUUCUAACAAUUUUUAUAAUUAUUUUGCAAGUGUGUCAAACAUCACAUGGUAUUCAUUUGAAGUAAAAUUCUUAGUGGGUCAAUGUGCCAGUUGUGUGUGUUUUAUUUUUUUCUUAAAUUAAGUAUGUGUUGCAUUUGUAAAUUGUAUUUAUGUUUUCAAUUUAAAAAAAUAAUAAUAAUAAUAAAUUGUGCAUUUUU